AUGGCAGUUCAGCGAAGCAAACGACUUGGGAAGGGGGACACCGCGUCCCCACAAUAGCCUAUUGGGCGGGGAAGAUCCCGGCAAAUGUGACGAGUCAUAUGAUGUUGAGCACUUUAGAUGUAUUCCCUACUGUGGUGUCCCUUGCAAACGCAAGCCUCCCUCCUCACAGACGGUUUGACGGUAUGGAUAUAUCUGAGGUCCUCUUUGGAAAGUUGAACAAAGGACAUGAGACAUUAUUUCAUCCCAACAGUGGAGCAGCUGGAAAAUAUGGACACCUACAGGCUCUUCGGCUGAAUCAGUACAAGGCAUUUUAUGUCACAGGUGGGGCAAAGGCCUGUGAUGGCAGCAUCGGACAGGAGGAACACCACCAUCCACCUCUCAUUUUUAACUUACAGAAUCAUAUUCAGGAACAGAAACCCUUGGACAGCAAGUCUGCUGAAUACCAUGUAGUCUUGCCCAUAAUAAACCAGGCUCUGCUGGAUAUUCUUCAGGAUAUUGCGACAGACAACAUCUCCAUAGCAGAUUACUCUCAUGAUCCGGCAGCGAUACCCUGCUGCAACCCACAGCACUUGGUCUGUCGCUGUCAAUCAACUUACUGGAGGUCCGACCUCAAAACAUACAGAAAGCAGCUGGACUGA